CACCAAUUGUACCGAUACUUCAUCACGAACUCUCAUGGGUGGACGUCAAGGUGGCAAACUGAAGCCAUUGAAGGCUGCGAAGAAGGAUAAGGCGGAGGAUGAUGAGGAGUCAAAGGCGUUCAAGGCAAAGCAGAAGGCGGACGCUGCUGCGCUGAAAGCUGCUCAAGAUAAAGCUAAACAACAUGGACCGCUGGGUGGUGGUGGUAUUAAGAAGUCGUCUGGCAAGAAAUAGCUGUAGUGACGCUAUCAGGAGGAAGUGUGGGUUUUAGGGUUAUCGAGGAUGGCAUGUACAGUCGACAGCUUCGGAUCA